AACAAGUUGCUCAGCCCGUGCUGCAAGCUGCAGAGCUUCUCCUGCCUGACAUAUACUGUGCUGCUGCUGCUGACUAAGCUGAGUCCCUGGUUCCCCCAGCAGCAGGCAGCCCCUCCUCUCCCCGGCUGGACGGAGUCCCAGCCUCUAGUCCAUGUGUUGGAGGCCCCCCUGACGCCGCCGCCGGGAGUGGAGGAGUGUCUGUCAGUCAGCAGCAGCAGCAGCAGCAGCCAGUCUGGGAUAUCCCAGUGCCCAGCAAGGAGCGGGCACCAUGGGCUACGAGCUAGAGCGCUUCUGCGGGGAGGUGGACCCGGACUUCCAGUGCAGCCUGUGCCACCGAGUGCUGGAGGACCCGCUGAGCACCCCCUGCGGCCACGUCUUCUGCGCCGGCUGCGUCCUGCCCUGGGUGGUGCAGCAGGGGAGCUGCCCGGUACGCUGCCGCAGGCUCUCCGCCAAGGAGCUCCACCACGUGCUGCCCCUGAGGAGCCUGAUCCUGAAGCUGGAGAUCCGCUGCGAGCACCGCGCCCGGGGCUGCGACAAGGUGCUGAGCCUGCAGAGCCUGGCGGAGCACGUCGACAUGUGCGACUACUCGCCGGCCCGGUGCCGACACCGCGGCUGCAGCGAAGUGCUCAACCUGCGGGACAUGGACGCCCACAUGCGGGAACAGUGCGAGCACCGGCCGGCGGGCAUCUGCCAGGGGGGCUGCGGGCUGACGCUGACCUGCCGGGAGCAGAGCCUGGGCGAGCACUGCUGCCUGCGGGCGCUGCAGGGGCACAACGGGCUGCUGCAGGCGAAGGUCUCCGGGCUGGAGACGGAGCUGAAGAAGAGGGCGCUGCGGGCCGGCCGCCGGGAGAAGUCGCUGGUGUCCCGGCUCUCCGCCGUGCAGAACGAGCUGCAGAUGACGGCGCUGCGCUACCAGAAGAAGUUCACGGAGUACAGCGCCAGGCUGGAGUCCCUCACCCGGGCUGUGGCCGCUGCCCCCGGCAAGGGAGAAGAGACGACCGCACUGACUCUCGUUCUCCACCGAGAAUCUGGAUCCCUGGGAUUUAAUAUUAUUGGUGGCCGGUCGUGUGUGGAGAAUCAGGACGGAACAUCCAGUGAAGGAAUUUUUGUGUCAAAGAUAUGUGACAGUGGCCCAGCUGGCAAAGAGGGCGGACUGCAGAUCCAUGACAGGAUUAUCGAGGUAAAUGGCAAGGACUUAUCCAGGGCCACGCAUGACAUGGCGGUGGAAGCCUUCAAAACGGCCAAAGAACCCAUUGUGGUGCAAGUCUUACGGAGAACCCCGCGCACUAAGAUGUUCAGCCCCUCGGCAGACACGCAGAUGACCACCGACACAGGGACACAGACUGAGAUCACAUUUGAACACAUCAUGGCCUUGUCCAAAAUAAGCUCCCCGUCCCCAACCGUGUCUGCUCUGGAUCCAUAUCUCUUAAAUGAAGAACACUCGUCACCUCACGAAUAUUUUGACCCCAAUGACUUCAUCGGAGGAUUGCAUCAAGAAAUUGAUAGAGAUGAAUUAGAACUCGAGGAAAUAGAUCUGUACAGACUGAACAGCCAGGAUAAGCUGGGGCUGACAGUAUGCUACAGGACAGAUGAUGAGGAGGACACAGGAAUAUAUGUCAGUGAGAUUGACCCGAAUAGCAUUGCUGCUAAAGAUGGGCGGAUCAGAGAGGGCGACCGGAUAAUACAAAUUAACGGCAUCGAUGUGCACAACCAUGAAGAAGCAGUGGCCCUCCUUACAAGCGAAGACACGAAAAAUGUUUUCUUGCUAGUGGCCAGGCCAGAAUUACAGCUGGAUGAAGGAUGGAUGGACGAUGACAGAAAUGAUUUCCUCGAUGAUCUACACAUGGACAUGUUAGAGGAACAGCACCACCAAGCAAUGCAAUUUACAGCCAGCAUGCUCCAGCAGAAAAAACUUGAAGAAGACGGUGGAACCACGGACACUGCGACCAUUCUGUCCAACCAGCUGGAGAAGGACAGCGGGGUUGGGCGCACAGAUGAAAGCACCCGUAACGACGAGAGCUCGGAGCAGGAGAAUAUUGCCGAUGAUCACACGACAUCCUCCAACACGCUUGGAAGUCAGAAGAAGCUCAUGUACAGCCAGGAUACUCUGGGCAGCGGAGACCUGCAGUUCAGCAACGAGUCUUUCAUAUCUGCAGAUUGUACCGAUGCCGACUUCUUGGGCAUCCCCAUGGACGAGUGUGAGAGGUUCCGAGAACUUCUCGAACUGAAAUGCCAGGUGCAGAGCUCCAGCCAGCAUGGUAAAUAUUACCAAACCAGCACCAUGGAGACCAGUCGGAGCGACCAGGAAAGUGUAGACCAUGAACUAGAGAUGUUGAAUGAGGAGUUACAUAGCAUCGAGCUCGAGUGUUUGAACAUUGUCCGUGCACACAAAAUGCAACAGCUGAAAGAGCAAUACAGAGAGUCCUGGAUGCUUCACAAUAGCGGUUUUCACAAUUACAACACGAGUAUCGAUGUGCGACAACACGAGCUCUCCGACAUCACAGAACUGCCAGAGAAGUCAGACAAGGACAGCUCAAGUGCCUACAACACCGGGGAAAGCUGUCGUAGCACCCCUCUGACUUUAGAGAUCUCUCCUGACAACUCAUUGCGUAGGGCGGCAGAUGUCCUCAACUGCCCAAAUGUUGAAGGGGCAGCAAUUAGCGCCUCCUCCGACGCAUCUCAGAAGAGCUUGCGACAAAGCGGUGGCAGUCGAGAGUCCAGUCCCGCCAGGUACCUCCAACCUGCCCCGGACUCUGACCCCAGCAAACCAGCGGAAGUCAAAGACAAAAGAGCCAGCGACUUGGGUAAAAAUCAGAGCGCGCCACCAUAUCGCCACUCGCCUUAUAAACACGCCCACAUCCCUGCACACGCACAGCACUAUCAAAGCUACAUGCAGCUCAUCCAGCAGAAAUCUGCGGUGGAGUACGCACAGAGCCAGAUGAGCUUAGUGAGUAUGUGUAAAGAUCUACAAAACUCGUCGGAGCCCAGGAUGGAAUGGAAAGUGAAAGUACGGAGUGACGGAACGCGUUACAUCACCAAGCGGCCAGUUAGAGACAAACUGCUACGAGAAAGGGCCAUUAAGAUCAAGGAAGAGAGGAGUGGGAUGACGACCGAUGAUGACGCUAUAAGCGAGAUGAAAAUGGGACGUUACUGGAGCAAAGAAGAGCGGAAACAGCACCUCCGCAAGGCCUCCGAGCAGAGGAAGAGAAAAGAGUUCAUGAUACAGAGCAGGCUGGAUUGUUUGAAGGAGAAACAGACUGCAGAGGACACAAAGGAGGUCAGCAUCAUCGACCUUAGCCACAAAAAAAUGAUGAAGAAGCGCAAUAAAAAGAUUUUCGACAAUUGGAUGACAAUACAAGAACUGCUAACACACGGAACAAAAUCUCCUGACGGAACCCGAGUGUACAACUCGCUUCUCUCCGUCACAACUGUAUAAAGUGUCCAAACUCAUUUUACUGGUUUUGUAAAUAAACUACCGCUGCGGUAGAAUUCCCAGCCUCGUUCAAUGUGGCAAUUUUUUUUUUUUCUAACUCUAAGGUAAUUACAGUCACUGUGUUAAUAGUUUUUUGGGGGGAGGGGGGUUUGGAGGAAAAUACACGAUUAUACAUUUUACAGUGUCAAACUUGGACAUAACCUCACUGAGGCUUACAACAUAGUAACCAAUCAUUUGCAGCCAGCGCCUUUUGGGGCCCCGGACAGCAGAGGGCCCUAAUUCCUGCUUUGCUAAAGGCAAUCUGCAGUAUUUCCUUAUAUCAACCGUAAUUGUUUUUCAUUACAUAUCUUGUACAGUUGUUAAAUGUAAUUGCCAAAUAAUCCCUUAUUACACAUAUGUAACACAUUUUUAAUCUUUAUCCAUAAUUAAACACCGCUUUUUUUUUUUGCCUGAAAACACAAAAGCAACUGCCAAUAUAAAUAUAAUAUUUUAUAAAACUGUAUUUUGUGAUAUUACUUUGCUGUUGUGUUUUUAUAUAAAUCUGCCAUACUAUUUACAGUAUCUACCAUAACGGGAUAACGCAUAACAUGCGAGCCAGCAGCCUACAGGUAACAGGAGCCAAUCAUUUUAUGUAUCAGUUCUUAUUAAGGUAAAAUUUUAAAUAUUUUUUUUUCCACAAUUGCCUAGCUUUAACGAGGUCUUAAAGCUUGUCUGCGCCAUCGUCAACACAGUCGCUUCUUUAUAGAGAGAAACUUUUUUUCUGUCAUUUUCUUUCAAGAUUUGUUUGUACUGAUAUAAAAAAAAUGCAGCUUGAAAAAAAUCACAAUUGGUUGCAAACAUGGCAAUGACAGAAAAUAAAUUAUUGUUUUGUAUCCACAA